GACCACAGUUUGUAAUUUGUUACUUGUCUGUUAAAUCAAACAUAAAUGGGCCCGUCUGAGUUUAAAUUGAACAAUCCGCCCGAGGAUCUCAUAUCGGCCGUAAAAUUUGGCUCCAAAUCGAAUCAGUAUAUGGCCGCAUCAUCGUGGGAUGGAACGCUUCGAUUCUACGAUGUGGCGGCAAACUCAAUGCGCCAAAAAUUUGUACAGGAGGCGCCCAUCUUAGAUUGUGCCUUUAUGAAUAUAGUGCAUGUAGUCAGCGGUGGACUGGACAAUCAACUGCGCCUCUACGAUGUGAACACACAAGCGGAGUCCUUGAUUGGCUCCCACGACGAGCCCAUUCGGUGUGUGGAGCAUGCGGAAUAUGUGAAUGGCAUACUGACUGGCAGCUGGGACCGGACGGUCAAGCUAUGGGACAUGCGGGAGAAGCGCUGCGUUGGCUCCUUUGAACAGAACAAUGGCAAGGUUUACUCCAUGUCUGUGAUUGAUGAGAAGAUUGUGGUUGCCACAUCGGACCGUAAAGUGCUCAUUUGGGAUUUGCGUAAAACCGAUAGCUACAUCAUGAAACGCGAAUCGUCGCUCAAGUAUCAGACACGCUGUAUUCGUCUGUUUCCCAACAAGGAGGGCUAUGUGAUGUCCUCGAUUGAGGGCCGUGUGGCCGUUGAAUAUCUCGAUCAUGAUCCGGAGGUGCAGAGACGAAAAUUUGCAUUCAAAUGCCAUCGCAACAAGGAUAACAACAUUGAGCAAAUCUAUCCGGUGAAUGCCGUCAGCUUUCAUAAUAUUUAUCAUACAUUUGCCACGGGCGGCUCGGAUUGUAUUGUAAAUAUUUGGGAUGGAUUCAACAAGAAGCGUUUGUGCCAGUUCCACCAAUACGACACUUACAUAUCGACGCUUAACUUCAGUGCCGAUGGCAGCGCCCUCGCCAUCGGCUGCUCCUAUUUUGAUCAAUUCUUGGAGACGCCCGCCGCAGUGCCCAAUCCGGCUAUUUAUAUACGCUACCCGACUGACCAGGAAACGAAGCAGAAAUAAGUUCUUCUUCCAAGUACACAUUUAUUAUUACCAAGGACACGUUAAGCACAUUAAAUAUUAUUUA